CAAUGAGCGCGCGGCGGCGUUUCCGGCGGGACGCUUUUGGGAGACUGUUGGCCGCGGUCAACGGACGCCACGCGCGAGCCUGUGUCCCGCCAUGAAGUUCCGGGCCAAGAUCGUGGACGCGGCCUGUCUGAACCACUUCACACGCGUCAGUAACAUGGUCGCCAAGCUGGCCAAAGCCUGCACCCUCCGCAUCAGCCCAGAGAAGCUGAACUUCAUCGUCUCCGACAAAGUGGCCAAUGGAGGCGUGAGCAUGUGGUGUGAGCUGGACCAGGAGAACUUCUUCAGUGAAUUUCAGAUGGAAGGUGUCUCUGCAGAAAACAACGAGAUUUAUUUAGAGCUGACGGCGGAGAAUUUAUCUCGAGCUCUGAAAACUGCCCAGAACGCCAGAGCCUUGAAGGUCAAGCUGACUAAUAAACACUUCCCCUGCCUCACGGUCUCCCUAGAGCUGAUAUCCGCGUCGAGCAGUAGCCGCAUUGUGACACACGACAUCCCCAUUAAGAUCAUUCCUAGGAGGCUGUGGAAGGAUUUUCAAGAACCUGCGAUCCCAGACGCUGACGUUAGCAUUUAUUUGCCAGUCUUGAAGACCAUGAAGAGCAUUGUGGAAAAAAUGAAAAACAUCAGCAAUCACCUCACAGGACCUCACGUUCCAUCUGCUGAUGUGUGUUUCUUUCAUGAGUCACUGGUGUCGGCCCUGAUCUGCGCGUCCCGUCCGCUGACCAUGUCUCAGCGCACGAAGGUCCGAGCUGUUCCAGAACGCCAGUGUCCUGUGACAACUCUGCCGUGGAUCUGGUUCUCAGGCUGGGAGCCUCCCUUGAGCCAAGUAUUAUCGAAGCAAAUCUAAGUGGAGAAUUGAACUUGAAAAUAGAAACGGAACUGGUGUGUGUUACAACCCACUUUAAAGAUCUCGGGAACCCUCCUGC